AUGCGAGCGCGCUCGUUGCAUGCCGCCAUGGAAGAGGCCUCAUCUCCACGCGUAAAUAAGGCGUUGGACUUCAUGAGCAGCGACGAUGACGACGAAAAUGCUGAGGAAUUCGAACAGGAGAACCGCAAGUGUAACAACUCCACCAAAGAUUCAAGUCCACAUAACACGAAAGCGGCGGCGGUCGGGGGAACCUUUCGCUACCGCACACGGCGCACGGAGCGCUUGGGCGUGUACGGCAGGCAGGACCCGCCGUAUCGUCGGCAAGUACUUUUGUCACCCAAUAAGAUACAGCAACGACGAUCCAGCUCAGAGCAGAGCACUCCGACGCACAGGAGACCGGGGCUUGCCGGACGGUCCAGUAGAUCGGUGUCACCGCCGUGUGCGAGCCCAGCAACGUUGCUGAGCCAAAACCUUGGAGCGACUUUGUCUAUGAAGAGUCCUGUGCAUAUGCGGCGGCGCUCGCAAGGGAAGAAAGUAGUUGUGAAGAAACUUAGUGUUGCAGACUCUCCGGUCCGAGAUCCACUGAGUGGAGCGCUGUUCGCCAUCAAAAAGUCGAAACAAGAGCUGCGAAACGAUCGAGAACGUGAUGUGUUGGCCCAAGAAAUCAUAAUCCUUGAUAAGCUAACAUCGUCACGACACAACUUCGACAGCAUCGUGCGAUAUUACCAAGCCUGGCAGGAGAAUGGCUUUUUCUUCUUGCAAAUGGAGCUGUGCGAGGGAGGCACAUUGCAAGAGUUUAUUACGACACGAAACCGAGAAGUUCUUCCCGAAUACUACUUGUGGAGUAUCUUACGGAAUGUUGCAAGCGGACUCGAGGUCCUCGCUGAACACGGUCUUGUUCAUCUGGAUAUCAAACCUGACAACAUAUUUAUCACGGGAGACGGACAUUUAAAGAUUGGGGACUUCGGUAUGGCCGGAAAAGUGGUGACAUCGUCCAAAGCGUCGAGUACAAUAAGUGAUCUUGAAGGAGAUGCGAAGUACAUGGCGAAGGAGCUACUGUCCAGCGCCGAUCGGCUCCCUUCGGCGGAUAUCUUUUGUUUUGGUAUUAUGAUGCUGGAAAUUGCUACUGGAAUGGUCUUGCCAGAAGCUGGGAAGAAGUGGCAUGAUCUGCGGGAUGGAGAAUUGCCUUCUCUUUCUUCAGAGUACUCAAAAGAACUCAGCGAGAUGAUUCAACAGAUGAUGCAUCCUGAUCCAACAAGGAGGCCCAGUGCAGUAGAUAUCAUGAAAAACUGUCCUGUGCAAACUGCCACCGAGCCCAUCACGCUCAUCCAAGAGCAUGCUUUGAAGCAAAAAAUGGUCGUGCUCACUAGAGUACGAAGCAACACGAGUCGAUCGGCAAAAAACAACAUGCAGACUCCUCACAAGACGCGUCUCUCAGUACCGUAAAAU